AUGCUUAAAAGCACCUGCUCAGAGUGAGAAGUCUGGUGAAAUGCCCUGAAAAGUAUCCAUCCAUCAUAACACUAUCCAGUAUCCACCACUGGGCACACAUUCGGCAGAAUACACUCCAGAGUCCUGGGAGGGGAAGCAAAGCCUCCAGCCCUCUGUUUUCGUGUCCUGUAAGUUCAGCUAUUUUUUGCUCCGAUUUUACAAUAAAAGCCUCCGACCGACCGAAGAUGCCAGGGAUUUCUGCUUCUCGUUUGCUUUGGCAGCGAAGGCUGGGAAAACCUAGGCGCCGGUUCCAAGAAGCUGUGUGUAACAUCCUUCUGGUUUUUCCAGCACCUCCUUCCGCCUUGAUGCUUUGCACCGAGUGAGUCCGGAUCUUGCUUUCAAGGCUUCAGCAGGAAGAGGAGCGGUUCAAACAAGCCCAUUUUAUUGCUGUGCUUUGCCGGCAGCCGACGCCUCUUCCAUCCCAGCCGCUGAUGCAGAAUUGAAGUCUGGGAGGGAGGGAGGCUGCGUGGAAACCCAGAGCAGCUCGGAACCAGUCUCCCUCGGGGUGCCGGGCUCCUUUUCUCAGGCAGGAAGGCGGGGCCGCUUCUUGGGGAGCAGAAACCGGUGCUGCCCGUGGUCACUCCUCCCCACUCACUCCCCUUUCCCCUCCUCCUCGCCGCACUGCAAGGGGGUGGCCCUUGGAAACACCUCGGUUUAACCUAGACGCUAUAAAUACAGAGCAAGGCGACAGGCUGCAGCGAGGAGAACCGGAUUGUCGUCCCUAUUUGCAACCCACGUUCCCCCUCUCUCGUGCGCGCGCCUGCCUGCCUGCCUGAGGAGAAACCUGUGGAGCCAUAUUAUUGAUACUGUGAGGGAGAGAGCCAGCCUCCUCGAGAGGAAAGGAAAGGAGCAGAAGGACUUCCAUCGUGCCUUUCUUUUUGAGAAGCGAGGCAACCUGAGGCGGCCGCCUUCCUCUUCGCCUUUCCGGCCGAGCUUUCUUCCCUGGGCCUCCGCCUCUCCGCCACCGCCGCCCUCGAGAUGAUGCAGAUCUACGACUCGUACAGCCAGAAGCACUCCCUCUUCAACGCCAUGAACCGCUUCAUCGGGGCGGUGAACAACAUGGACCAGACGGUGAUGGUGCCCAGCCUGCUCCGCGACGUGCCCCUCCUCCUGGAGGAGCUGGACUCCGGCGGCGGCGUGGAGGAGCCCGAGGCCCCGCUGAACGGGACCAAUGGCGGGCCACAUGGCGGAGGCGGCGUGGUGGGCGCCUACUGCUCCUGCCGGGACAUGUACAGCCAUUACUUGCUGCUCAAGUCCAUCCGCAACGACAUCGAGUGGGGCGUGGUGCAAGGGGGCGCCGGCGAGGAGGCCCCCGCCCGGAAGAAGGACAAGGGGGGCGCCGUGGACAUUGGCCGGGGGGGCCCCGAGGGACACGACGAGGAGGAGGAGGAGGAGGUGGAGGAGGACCUGGAGAAGCAGUUCCACUACCACCUCAGUGGACUCCACACGGUGCUGGGCAAGCUCACCCGGAAGGCCAACGUGCUCACCAACCGAUACAAGCAAGAGAUCGGGGGCAACAGUUGGGGCCACUGAAGAGGGGAGGGGGGAUGGGGGCAUCCUCCUGCCUGCCCGGUUGCCCACUGCCUCUCCUGUUCAGGGCCAGAGAGUCAGAAGGAGGUUGGAAAGGGCUAGGGGAACGUGGGGGCCAAAAUGGAGUGUGUGUGAGAGAAUAGUUUGUGUGUAUGUGGGGGUGUUAUUUGAUGUGCAACAGGAAUUAGGCGCAAAAGAAUAUUGCCCAGUAAAGGAGGAAAGGAGGAGGUUGGGCAGGGCCAGAGUCAAAUGCCUGCAAGCCUGAGUGUCAGAUGCGUGCAUGAGAGAUUUGUGCAGAUGUGUGUGGAGAUAUUCUUCUGUGGUGUCCAAGAGGAAUUAACUGCAAAAGAAUAUUGGAGAGCCAGGCAAGGAAAAGGAGGAGUUUGAAAAAAGCUAAUGUCAAAUGUUGGCAGAAGUGAUGUAUGUGUGAGUGAUUUUGGGCGAUGUUCUCCUAUGAUCUACAAUAUUGGUUCUCAACCUGUGGGUUCCCAGAUGUUUUGGCCUUCAACUCCCAGAAAUCCUAACAGCUGGUAUACUGGCUGGAAUUUCUGGGAGUUGUAAGCCAAAACACCUGGGGACUCACAGAUUGAGAACCACUGGUCUACAAGAAGAAUUAGGUAGAGAAGAAUAUUGCAGAGUCUGGAAGUGAAAAGAAAGUUGGAAAUUGCUAGAGGGAAUGUUGGCCAAAAUGGAGUGUGUGAGAGUGAGUUUGUAUGUGAGAGUGGUUUCUGCAUGCGUGUGGAGAGAUGUUAUGCUAUGGUCUGCAAGCCAUGGAGAAGAAUAUUGCAAGGUCAAUUGUGAGUGAGUUAAAACUGAUGUGGAGUACACAGAGGAGAGACAUUUCCAUGCUGGGCACAUCCUGUGACUUUUCAUGGUUGGCAGUUGUGAAUGUUCAGGGAGGCAGGGUGAAUCAUCUCUGCCCAGGCAUUGUGGGCAUAAAUUUAGGCAGCCAAGUGUAGCGGUACCCAUUUUGGAGGGCACAGUAUGAGGUACAAGUGGCUCAGGCCAGUUACUGAAAGAGUGUGUUUGUAGUCACUUGGAAAGCAGAGUGCACAUGUGUGUGGUGGCGGCGGCAAUAGUAGUGGCAAUUGCAUCACUCCUUUUUCUGUUUUUGCACUACUUUUGUAAUAUUAAUAUAUAUGUAUAUAAAGCCCAUGGAUUCUCUUAUUUUCAUGCUCUUAGAGCUUCAGGCAUCAGAUUUUUUUAUCGGUGCGCGAAGAUGAAUUUUCAUCAAUAUUAGUUAAACUGUUUUUUAACAGGCAGGGUGAGCAAUUAUUGUUCCUCCAUAAAGGCACUUUGCUUUACAUAUCAUACAACUGGUUAAUAUGAAUCUGCAAAUCUUUGAAGAACUGUUUAUAUUCCAUUGCAGAGGAUGGAACCAGUUCACUAAUGUGUAUCCAUAUUUCAAUGGAUGGGUAAAGGGUCUCACUGUUGUACAUGCAUUGAAGAUUAUUUAAAACUUUUUUAUUCAGAUGUAGAAUAUAUUCUAAAUAAAUAAGCAAAUAUAUUGACUGAAGUUGACGUAACUGUUUUUAUACUGUGCCUCUACUUGAAUUAAAUGGUAACCUUUGCAACA